AUGACCUAUAUUCAUCCCGACGAUCUCGUCACCAGCGAUUUCCUAACUCUCGCUUUCUGCCAAGACAUCAUCACAGUCAACGCCACAACUCUCACCAAGAUCACACGUCUGGCACUUCCAAAGAUGGUUAACGACCCUCUGCCCACUCGCGAUGUUCAUCGCUACGUCAUCAACAUCGGUUCCUUUACUGGUCUCUUCGUCUUCCCCUACGCCGCCGUCUACUCUGCCUCCAAGGCCUACGUCCACAGCUUCACGCAGGCUCUGGCCGUGGAACUGAGAAACACGUGUGUUCGAGCUCAACUCUUCACGCCCUCCCUCGUCGCCACCAAGAUGUCUGGCUCGAAGUCACCCUCCCUGGCAUCUCCGUCGCCCAUGACCUACGCCGACUCGGCGUUUUCGAUGGUCGGGGUGAAGAUCGCCAGCUGUGGCUACUUCUACCACGACGUGAAAGCUCAGCUGAUGCGUUUGUUGCCG